AUCGGCGUGUAAAGAUGGCUCCCUUUCCGGACGAGGUGGAUGUUUUUACUGGCCCUCACUGGCGGAUGAAGCAGCUGGUGGGCUUGUACUGCGAGAAGCUGUCAAAAACCAACUUCUCCAACAACAAUGAUUUCCGCUCAUUUCUUCAGUCCCUGUGCGCCACCUUUAAGGAGUUCAAGAUGCACGAACAAAUCGAGAAUGAGUACAUCAUCGGCCUGUUGCAGCAGCGCUGCUGCACCGUGUACAACGUGCACUCUGACAACAAGCUCUCAGAGAUGUUGUCCCUCUUUGAAAAGGGGUUGCAUAACGUCAAGAGUGAAUAUGAGCAGCUGAACUACGCCCAGCAGCUGAAGGAGCGACUAGAAGCUUUCACACAAGACUUUCUGCCCCACAUGAAGGAAGAAGAAGAGGUGUUUCAGCCUAUGCUUAUGCAGUACUUCACCUACGAGGAGCUCAAGGACAUCAAGAAACAGGUGAUAGCUCAGCACUGCAGCCAACACCAGAGGGACUGUGCUGCUGAGGUCCUGAAGGGCUUCAGCUUGUGGAGUCAGGCAGAGGAGCUGCAGAAGGCCUUCAAAUACGCCGACCACGAGAAGACCGACUAUGAUCUGGAGAAGAACAGGAAUUCUUCCACUCACAUCUCCCAGCUUCCUACUGAAAUCAUGCUGAGGCUGUUCCACUACCUGAGCCCUGAAGAUCUGUGUCGCUGUAGUCAAGUGUGCAGCUCUUGGACAGACCUGGCCAAGACCGGCUCCCUGUGGAGACACCUGUACCCUGUACACUGGGCCAGAGGUGAUUAUUACAGUGGCCCCCCCGCGGACCUGGACCAGGAGCCAGAUGAGGAGUGGGUGAAGAGUCGUCAGAACGAGGGUCGGGCCUAUCAGGAAUGGGACGAGGACGCUGAUGUGGAUGAGUCUGAUGAGUCGGGCCACACAAAAGGCUCCCUGGAUAUCAACACCGCUCAGCGAGAGAAGAGGCUUCUGAACGGGAUCAUCCAGAGCCUCCUGCCAGCUGUGGGCCCGUCUGUCAAGUCCAUCGUUCUGGCGUACAGUUCUACCGUCUCUAGUAAAAUGGUGCGCCAGAUCCUCAGUUUCUGCCCCAACAUUACUCACCUGGACCUGACCCAGACUGAUGUUACUGAUUGUGCAUUUGACAGCUGGUCGUCUCUCGGAGCCUGUCUCUCUCUGGAGCACCUGGAUCUGUCGGGCUGUGAGAAGAUCACCGACGCCACCAUGAAGAAACUCUCCGUCGGGCUGGGCGACCUCACCUCCUCCACCUGCUUCGACAAACGCUCAGACCGGCGAGCGAAACUCCUCAAGAGCUCCUCCAUCCCCAUCACGCUCAAGGAAGAGAGGAACCUCCAUCCGGUGAGGCGUCCACGUCAGCGGCAGGCCAUCAUCUUCAAGCCGGGACCGACCGCGGGCGCCGCCUGCACCCCGACGCAAGUGUGGGUCCUGGCACCGUCGGACCUCGCCGACAUCGAGGACGCCGCCGAGUGGAGCCGUCGCGGCGGGAUGCCUCUUCCUGACGCUGAAAGCUUCGUGGAGUCACAGCUCAUAGGAAGCUCGUGCUGCUGCAGGAGGAGCAGGAGGCGCGGGCACAGGACCGGCUCAAACGCCUCCUUCUGGCAGCAGCAGUACGCCAGUAUGUCGGGGGAGAUGUUUUGCGGUCACUCCACCUGCUGCAGUACCGACACGGCCCUCAGGACUUUUGCUGGGCCUCAAUGCAAGUCGGGCUCCACCAGAAGCGGCGCUGCAGAGUUUCGGACUAAGUGCUCCUCUUUUGGGGUUCUGCAGUGCCCGGAGCGUGACAACAGGACUGACAGGACGGAGGCAAAACGCUCACUGAGGUUUCUCAGUCUCUCCGGAUGUUAUCAAGUCACAGAUUUAGGCUUGAGGGCUCUGUCGCAGCGUGGAGGGCUUCCUUUCUUGGAGCAUCUCAACCUGUCCGGCUGCCUCUUCAUCACUGAGGUGGGGCUGCAGGAGCUGGUGUCCGCCUGUCCUUCCCUCAACGAUGAGCACUUCUACUACUGCGACAACAUCGACGGUCCUCACGCAGACACAGCCAGCGGCUGUCAGAACCUGCAGUGUGGUUUCAGGGCCUGCUGUCGCUCCGGAGAGUGAACCCGCCAAGCAACGCUCUCCUUAAAAAAAUAA